AUGUCUCUCAACCACUUUCUUGACUACGUUAAAGCCUUCAAUGCAAGGGAUUACAAGCUCCAACACAGUUUCUAUCACAAAGAUGUUACCCUUACCAUUCCCGAUCCUGAAAUUGGCACUCUCGCCGGCUCGGAUGGUAUCAUGAGCCAUUAUGCUACGGUACAUGCAAAUGCGAAAGAGACAGUUGUCCCGAUGUUCGUCUUAAUGAAUGAAAAAAGAAUUUUCUUCAGUAUGGAGACCUAUUUCGAUUACACCAAAGCCAUCGACAAUGCUGUACAUAGCCACAAAGUCAACCCUGGAGACGUCAUUCGAGUCAAAGUCUGGGCUGUUUAUGAGAUGCGAGAAGGGAAGAUGGCACAGAUCACUUGCAGUGCUUUGAGUGAUGAACUAUUGGGACAGGUCAAUGUAGACAUUCUGAUUAAGGAAAGUUGGGAUCGGGCGGAUGAUAAUGUGAAGGCUUACUGGAAGCCUGCAUCUUCGCUGUAG